UGGGAAACCUGUCUGUGCUUAUAUGAUAACUGGACUUAGCGAGCUAUCCCUUGACUCUGACUCUACGCGUUACAAACAGUUUCUGUCACACAAACAUUAGGCUGACUUGCUCUGUCCACUCUGUUUCCACAAGAAAAAGCAAAGAAAUAAUGUUGGCCAAGAUUCUUAAUCUUGUGUACAGAAGAGAAAUUGGUUCUGUAUGGAGAAGUGUAAGUACACAUGCUAGUCAAAGGCUUGACAUUGCUGGGAUUUAUCCUCCCAUUGCCACUCCAUUUACACAGGAUGGAAAUGUGGAUUAUCAAAGCCUUGAUAAAAAUCUACAAAAAUAUGGCAGUAUACCUUUCAGAGGUCUUGUGGUCCAGGGAUCUAAUGGAGAAUAUCCAUACCUAACAACCGAAGAGCGUAUAGAUAUUGUAAGAAGAGUUAGAGAAACUUUGCCUACAUCAAAGAUAGUGAUGGCUGGAUCUGGCUGUGAAUCCACAAGAGAGACAAUCAAAAUGAGUGAGAGUAUGGCCAGUGCAGGUGCUGAUUGUGUGUUGGUAGUGACACCAUGUUUUUAUCAUGGAAGAAUGAAUAGCAGUGCUCUCAUUCACCACUAUACACAGGUAGCAGAUUCCAGUCCAAUACCCAUCAUUCUGUAUAACGUGCCAGCCAACACUUUUCUGGAUCUUCCUCUUGAUGCAGUGGUACAGUUAUCCCAGCAUCCAAAUAUAAUCGGCAUCAAAGAUAGUGGUGGAGAUAUUACAAGAAUAGGUCUGAUUGUAUACAAAACAAGAUCACAGGAUUUCCAGGUGUUGGCAGGAUCUGCUGGAUUCCUUAUGGCUGCCUAUUCAGUAGGUGCUGCUGGGGGUGUGUGUGCUUUAGCAAAUGUUUUGGGUAAACAGAUCUGUGAGCUAGCACAGCUUUGUACAUCUGGACAAUGGGACAAAGCCAAAGAACUCCAGUACCGCUUAAUUGAACCAAACACUGCAGUCACAAGAAAAUUUGGUGCUGCCCUAAAACAAGCAAUGGAGUGGUUUGGAUACCAAGGUGGUGUAUGCCGCUCCCCUCUGCAACCUUUGUCAAAGAUGGAGUUAGAAAAUCUUCAAGCAGACUUCUCCUCAAAUGGAUGGCUGUAGAUGCACUUCAGAUCACUAAUGUCUUAUUAAUCAAGUUCUAGACAUAUUGUAUUCGCUAAUGUUUCAGUUGAAAUGUUUGAAAAAUAUUUCUUCAACUGCCAUUGAGUUUCCCAGAGAUCAAAUGCUAAUGCUGAGUUUCUAGCACUUGGUGGGUAAAUUAAGUUAAAUUAAUAUAAUCUUCAACCACCCGUGACACUUUCUUGGGUUUGAGUGAGCACAAGAAAAUGGGCAGCACAUUUGUAACACUUUUGAGUGAAGUGUUUUGAGGUCUCACUCUAAUAAACAGCUUCUUUUUCCCCUCUUG